CAGAUAUUGUCAUUACCGGAGGGUUUUGAAACUUUCCUUGCCCUUGCUGUUGCAUCGUCAGGGUUUUAGCCCUCUUCUCCUUCUUUUGUAGCCUCAAUGGAAUCCCUUGCUAAAGUACACAGUGUUCACCAGCCCCUUUCUCUUUCUCUCAAUCACCACCGUCCGUCAUUCUCUAAACCCAUUUCCUCCCUUUCCUUAAGAACAACCACCACCACCACCUCACCCUUCAAAUUAUCCCCCAUCAGAGCCUCAUCGUCCGCCCAUCAAAACCCUAAUCCUUCCCUCUUCCAAUCCCUAAAUCCGCUCUCCUCUUCUCUCGUCAAAACGGUUUCCAUCACUAUCGCCGCGGCCGCAGCAUUACUUUUCACGCGCCUCCACCACAUUAAACCCGCAAUCGCUUCCCCAAUCGAGGCCCCCACUGUGGGGUCCACUGCCGAGUCAUCGGAAAAGACGCAAGAUUUUUCGUUUGCUGAAACAGAGAGAAAUAUUCAGGAGCACUUGAGUAAACACCCUGACGAUGUCGAAGCUCUUCGCUCGCUUAUGGAGAUUAGAUUGAAAUUGCGUAAGCUACCGGAGGCAAUUGAAGUUAUUGACCGUUUGAUCGAGCUCGAACCGGAUGAAUUUGAAUUGCCGUUAUUAAAAAGCCAAGUUCUGAGUUAUUCUGGGGAUUUCGAGGCUGCAGCUAGAGGGUUUGAGGAAAUAUUACAAAAAGACCCAAUUCGAGUUGAGGCGUUUCAUGGGCUCGUAAUGGCUUAUGAUAAUGCUGGCUAUAAAUUUAAGGACUUGGAGAAAAGAAUUGAGACUGCAAUGCAGAGGUGCAAGAAGGAGAACAAGAAGUCUGAUUUAAGGGAUUUUAAGUUACUGAUUGCGCAAAUUCGAGUUAUGGAGGGUAAGCAUUCAGAGGCCUUGAAGGUUUAUGAGGAGCUUGUGAAGGAAGAGCCGAGGGAUUUCAGGCCCUACUUGUGUCAAGGGAUUAUAUACACUUUGUUGAAGAAGAACGAUGAGGCUGAGAAACAGUUCAAGAAGUUCCGAAGGCUUAUUCCGAAGAAUCACCCUUAUAGAGAAUAUUUUUCUGAUAACAUGGUUGCAGCAAAGCUUUUUGGGGAGAAGGUAGAAAGAGAGGGUAUGGCGUCGAGGAGUUGAGAGAAGUGGCUGGUUCUUCUUCAUCAUGUGAAAUGAAGACUAUGGAUUUAUUAGUAGUUUCAGGGUUUCUCAGCAGCUUCUGUUCUGGAGGCCACUGUGCGGGCUGGGCUGGCUUUAUUGAAGUGGACAAACUUGCUAAUAAUCAGCAAGUUGUUUUGAUGGCUUGUUUAAUCCAAAGUUUCCAGGUAAUUUCAUGCCAUAUAUUUAAUACUUACAUACUAAAGAAGAAUCACUUCACUUCUUCCAGGUGAAAGUUUCAAUGGGCUACACUUUUGUCUUGGGCCUGGUGAUCUCAUCUCACGCAUACUUAAUUUCUUUGAUGAAGCUGAUUAGUAUUACUUCGCAUUGUAAUCUACCUUAAGGAGGCGUUUGGUUUGUGUAAUGUUUGAUUACUAAAAUAGAAAGAUUACUUUGAAGAUA